AUGGAGUCUGGAGAUGUGAAAAUCGAUAUCCAUAUCAAUACAGAACCGCUCUGGGAAACCUACUCAACCUUACCUUCUUUCACCCUAAACUUUGGUUCCAUCUUCAGCACUGUUUGCAUCAACCUCUCUCGACGAUUCAAGAGAUUUGUCAUUGACAAAUCCGACUUUGUGACUGACAAAUCCAAUGUUGUGACUGACAAAUCCGAAUUUGUGAUUGACAAAUCCGACAGAACCAUCACUUGUACUGGGUUUUAUCCUGCACCACCUCCCCCAACUCCUCAAAUAUGUUUGAAUCUUUUAGACCACGAGUUCUCUGCCUUUCAUAUCAUACCACUCAUCAAUUCUCGUCUCCAUGAUCUUCCCUCGUCCAUACAUAUAGCUAACGCGAUCGAAGCUCGUGCGGCUCUAAGCGUUGGACUUUUACAACCGGUGUUCAUGACCGUUGACGUUGUUUUUACCAAAAAGGUGAUCUCAGUGAGCCCUGGUUCUUGCCUUGCGGAUGAAGAAAACGAGUCCACAUGUUCCAUCUGUUUAGAGGAUUUUUGCACCGGUGACGACAAUAGUGAAUGGGACAUUAGAGAACUGUCGCAGUGUUCGCAUCGGUUCCAUGAAGCAUGUAUCAGAAAGUGGUUAAUGAGGUGUAGGUCUUGCCCUAUCUGUCGUAGAGCAGUGCAACAAAAGAGUCAUUAG